AUGAUGCGACGAGAUUCAACUUUGUGUCUAGCCAAGAUCCAUGAUUGUCGGAGGCAGUCAGGUAUAAAUAUUGUGCUCCACAUACGAGGCGUUCAUACAGACGGCGGCAGCGACAUCGCUGCAGUGUUCAAGGAAUUUUGCACUGAAAAUGGCAUAAACUUUACGACCUCGGAUGUCAAUCAUCCUUGGCAAAAUGGGUUAGCUGAGAGGUCAGUGCAAGCACUUAAGUAUAUAGCCAAAAAGCUUUUACUGGCAUCAGGAGUGCCGAGCGAGUUUUGGGUAUACGCCAUGAAACACGCGGCGAUGAUUCGGAAUGUUGUUGGCAUAAAGGUGCACGGGAAGGUGAUAUGCCCUUUCGCUGAAUUACUCGGAAGAUCGGUGAGCAUUGAAGACCUUCAUCCAUUUGGGUGCAGAGCAUUUAUGUCAAGAACUCAACUUAGCCAAAGUUUGAAAGCUAUUAAAGACAAGACGAGAUUACCAGAGUGGAAGCUGAAUCGGUUACCGGUUUGGUUUCUAGGGUACGCAGAGGUCUGUCUAACCCCCAAGAAGUUCGUGGUUGUUGUGCCAAAUACGGUGUUGCAAAGGGCAACCAAUAUGAAGGGCCACUUAAAAUUUACCAGUGAACUUAUUUUUGACCAUAAUGGUUAUACGCGCAACAUUGACGCACAAAAGGCGAGCUUGAACGCCGACUUCAAUAACCCGCAGGGCACACUCAACCGUUCAGACCUGAAUGAAUGGCUUGAUGGCGUAGAGUCAUCGGAGUUCGAUGACAUCGGUUCAUCGGAUUUUGAGUUAGAUUGUGAUGUUAACCUCGACGGGGGUCCACACGUGCAUCCGGUAGCCGAAGAAAUUGUCAAGCAACGGGAACCAAAAGGGCAACCGUCAUUGUCGACUGAACCUAAUCUCUUGGGGAAAGAUAAAGGAGUCGACGUAUUAUUGUCAGCUGAACCUAGUCUCUCAGAGGGAGCCAAAGGAGUUGACGCAAUUGAACCGUUUCAGGAGCGGAAUGUAGUGCCUCCUAGAUGGCUUGAGCACGCAGAAUCAUUCCAAAAUUCAGGUUGGGCGCCUACUGGGUAUGCCAUUGACUCCGAAACGAAGGAAGGAGGCAUUGAUGAAGGAAACGAUCCAACUGCUGGAACUGAUCAGCCAGCGGAAGGUAUCGAAGAGCUCAUUAAUCACUUCAGUAAGAAUGGUAGAGUAUCGGAGCAAGAUCUCCGGGCACACCACAUGUUUCUAGUUGCCAAGUAUGAGGUCGAUGACCCACUGAUACCUUUCGAUAUUCGAGGAGAAUCUACACCCGUAGCACAUGUUGUUUAUGCCACCGCUGUGGCGCACAUGGAGGACUACGGGAAGGUAGUUGAUGAGUCGACAGUCGAUUUCACACCAUCCCGAGAGAAGGAGUUCAAUGGGCUGCUAGAACAAACGUUGGAAGCAGUUGAUAUGAAGUCAGGAGCCAAUAUAUGCGGCACGAAGUGGGUAGAUAAAGUGAAACCAGAUGGGACAUUGAAAUCCAGGCUUGUAGUGCAGGGAUUCACCCAAGUGUGGUUAAAGGACUACCAUGAUACAUUCAGUGCAGUCGCGACGCUCACGACCUUCAGACUGCUGAUUAAUUUAGCUGCGAUCCUCGGAUGGGUGGUAUACACCAUAGAUGUAUCUCAAGCGUACACGCAAGGUGAACUGCAUGAGGAAAUAUUUAUCCGGGCGCCAGCAACGCAUCCACUUCCAAAAGGGAAGGUAUACAGGCUGCGAAGGCCGUUGUAUGGUACUAAGCAGGCUGGCAGGUGUUGGUACCUGCACGUUACAAAGACAUUGAGACAGAUGGGAUUGACACAGGCGUCAAAGGACUCAUGCCUUUUCAUUCAAAGGACAAAGUCUGGAGCGCCUGAGUUGUUGAUUUCAGUGCUUGUUGAUGAUUUGAUGAUCAUAGCCGAAGAAGAGACAAUGGUGAAACAAUUCCACGUAAGAUUCUCGAAAGUGUACAAGGUAUCUCAAUUUGAACAGAUUAAAGUGUACAACGGCAUAGAGAUCACACGUAAAAGCAAGCACAUUUAUGUCCUUAGUCAACAUUAUGCGAUAUCCCAGUUCCUAGCGAAGUGUGCGGUACAAGAUGUGAAUCCUUGUGAUAGUCCGUUGCUGCCGUCAGACACGUUUGUACUAGGCGAAGGGGGUGAAGCAUGCAAUCAUAGUGAAAAAGAGCUAUUCCAGAGUAUUUUGGGAUCACUCAAUUGGUUCAACAUAGCCUCCAGGCCUGACCUUGCCGUAGCGUGUAGCUUAGCGGGUCGAGUAGCGAGUCAACCAACCAAGAAGCAGUUCAAGCAAUUGACUAGAAUAGUUGGAUACCUCAAGAGACACUCAGCAAAAGAGUUGACAUAUGAUGGCUCAAAGUGCAAGGGUGUGGUGAGGUUGUAUGGAUUCAGCGACUCAGAUUGGGCGGGGCAGCGCAUGUCGAAAGACCCGAGUGAUAGGUGUGGUAGGAAAUCAACUUCAGGAUAUAUAUCAUAUUCCUGUGGACCCACAAACUGGAAGAGUAAGCUCCAAAAUAUUCCAGCGACCAGUUCUGCUCAAGCGGAGUUUAUUGCCAUGUAUGAAGCGGCUAAGGACCUAUUGUUCCAGACAUUGUUGUUGAAGGAAAUAGGAAUCCAUAUCGUUAGAGUGCCACUGUUUUGUGACAACACGACCACCAUCAAACAGAUGAUGGAAACGAUGUCGUCUAAGUCAAACAAACACAUGGAGAUCAGAUACGCCUGGCUCCAACAUUAUGCACAUCGCGAAGGAUACAUUCAACCUUUCAACAUAGCUUCAGGUGACAACGUGGCAGACUUGUUGACGAAAAUUCUACCUCUGUGCAAAGUUAAGCGAGAGGGGCUCUCGAAUCAUUUCAAUAUUCUCUGUGAGCAGAUUUUCUCAGGAGACAUUCAAGGAUAUAUUGACGCGAGAAUGAAAGAAGGUAUGGUUCGCGGAGAUAAGUUGAACACGUAUGAACACUACCUUAAAUCGGUCGAACAAAAUGAAAUCCAACCUUUCAGAAGCAACAGCACUAGCGGUUAA